GAAGAAUCAUAGUUGAACGAAUUGACCCCAGCACUUUUUUUUUUUUUAAACCAGAAAUUUGAACGAUGUCGGCGAAAUCAAAGAAAGGCUCAGCCAAAUCUAGAUCCCUGUCUGCACAGAAGGUGGAAGUAGCUGAUGUGACUUCUCCUGAAAGUAGAAUGUCCAGUGUUCUGAAACCGGGUUCCUUAGUUAUGGAACACUCUCAGGAAGUCGCUGGAGAGAUUAGUCUGACACCUGUCAGACAAAGUCUAAAACCCUUCAUAGAUACUCCAGAUGUAAAACACGAAAUAAAUUUUGAAACUGUUCAACUGGAAGAGCCUGCUCUCUCCGUGUAUGAAAUGAUCAAGAAAAGAGUAACGUUGCAUGACGUUACGCCGGACAUGUGGAAGGAGGUCGAGCAGGAAUUGAUUUGGCAGUUCAUAGAAGACCCUUCAGUCCACGUGCUCAUUAUCUACAAGGACCCGCUCAACGGCAUCAUCAUCGAACACUGCAUUCGAACCGCAUUCAAUGCCAAACAGUUGUGUUACUUCAUCAAGACGCCGCGCACCAAGGAGGUGACAUCAGAAAACUUCCUCAAUGUCAUCCAAUACGGCUGUGUGAAGGGACCGUCGUUUUUGGAAAGCCUGUUACGAGUGCUGUCUGGAGUUUUUGCACCUUUGUUCUUUGAAAACACCACUUGGCCUGAUAGCAUCAAAAAUGAUUUCUUUGCCCAACUCCACAAAUUUCUGGCCACUUUGACAGACACUCACUGGAAGCUGGAAGACAAAACGGUUUUGUAUAUUCCCAAAGAAAAUCUGAAUAUUCCCAUUGAAAUCGCUGCCAGGCAUAAAGAAUUUGUACAAAGACUGGAAACCUCGAUGAUCCAUUGGGCAAGACAGAUCAAAGAAGUUCUGAGCACACAACAUUCUAUCGAGUCGUCUGAAACGAGCGGCCCACUUGAUGAAAUAGAAUUCUGGAAGAACCGUUGUGCCGAUUUAUCAGGAAUAAGCAGUCAGCUGGAUAACAAGAUAGUCAGAAGAAUCACCCAGAUUUUGGAGCUUGCCAAGUCUUCUUAUGUCACCCCAUUCGUCAAACUUUCCAGUCAAAUUAAGGAAGGUUCCUACCAAGCUGAAAGCAACCUGAGGUUUUUGAUGAUUCUGAAAGAGCCUUGUUUAAAGCUGACAGAAGCUUUGCCAAAAGAUAUCCCACCCAUUAUCACUGAGCUGUUGACUUUAAUCCGGAUUAUCUGGAUGAACUCUGAAUUCUACAACACUAAAGAGAAAUUAACUGGUCUCUUGAAAAAGCUUAGCAAUGAGAUUAUCCAUCAGUGCUGUAAAGCCAUUAAUCUUGACCGGAUAUUUGAGGGCUACAUAAAGAGUAGUUCGCAAACCCUCAUCGACUGCAUUGAAUGUUGCGAAAAAUGGAGAGAGAAAUAUGAUAUGACAUCAGCCUUACACAACAAGUUCUCCCCUAAAGGCUGGGUCCUUGACCUGACAAGCAUAUUUGCCCAAAUCGAUGCUUUUAUGCAGCGUUGCAAGGAUCUGCUGGAGGUCUGUGAUACCCAGGUCCAUUUUGCUAGGAUGGAAGAAGGCAAACAAAUUGAAAUGCCCCACUUUGGUGGCCAGCGAGGACCAGACAUCACUCGAGGCAUUUUAGAAAUCGAACAUGCACACCAGAAAUAUAUCUCGCAGUUGCGAGCCAUGCAAAAAAGUAUUUUAGAUAUCAAAUCCACAAGUUGGCACGACGACUUCAAUAAGUUCCGUUGUGGCAUAAAAGACUUGGAGGUGAUGCUACAAGGUUUGAUUUCAAAUGCCUUUGAAACCAUCACUUCAGUGUCGGAAGGAGUGGAAUUGCUGGAUAUCUUCACGCACCUCUGCAACCGUGAGAACAUCCGCAGAACCAUUGACAAGAAAACCAGGUCAACGUUUAAUGUAUUCAGUGAGGAAAUGAAUACAGUGAAGAAGGAACUCACCCUUAAGUCACCUUACAUUUUGAAAACCCAUCCAAAGUACUCUGGAUCUGCUUGCUGGUUAAAGGCCCUCAAAGCAAGAAUUGACCUCAAUAUGAAGAUGAUAGAGAAGGCUUACUUCCUGAAUCAAUCCAACUUUAGUGACAUUGCUAAGAAUUAUCACCAACUCAUCUCAGCUUUAGAUGAAAACAUCAGAAAAUAUUUUAAUGAAUGGAAUUUAAGUUUAGAUAAGGAUCCACUCACAUACUUGGAUCUCCCUUUGAUGCAAAAAACUAUAGAAGAGGACGUUCCAGUUUUGCACCUGAAUUUUUACAAGGCAUUACUGAAAAUGUUGAGUGAGAUUCAUUACUGGGAGUAUCUUAUGUUUGAAAUACCUUACUAUGCUGCCAGAGUGUACUCAAAGCAGAAAGAGCUACGAGAUCGCCGUGAACAUGUACUGCUUGUUGUCAGGGAUUACAACAGGAUCAUCAAUUCUCUGAAUCAAAACGAGCGAGGCCUAUUUAAGGAGCGCAUCAAGUUUUUGGACAAGAAAAUUUCCCCGGGCCUCAGCAAGCUGACCUGGAAUUCCAAAGGAACGACUGAUUCCUUCAUCACAGAUUGCCGAAACACCGCCGAGAAGAUCCAACAGAAGAUUGAUUGUUUCAAGGCUGACAACUUGAAGAUUGCAAUGAGUUGCGUGCAGAUCAGUGAGAUGUUGCUCACGGACAUCGACUCUCGGAAGAUUUACAAAGAAUUAGAAUUCGGUGAUCAUCAGAAACAGCACCGGCUGAGGACACUUGCUAAAGUGAUUGACAUCCAUGAAGAAAUCCUCUCCAUCAUAGACAAACAGUUCGAAACAUUCAAGAAUGAUGGCCCUGAGGUCUACAACUAUUGGUUCAUUCAUAUUAACAAUCUGGACAAGAUGAUAGAAGAAGCCUUCCGUCUGAACGUCAAGUACUCCCUGCAGACCAUCUCGAAAGCAAUCAACAUUGACACGAAGGCAGCACCAAACCCUCUCUUCAGUGUAGAAGUCAUUCUCCGUAAUGACACUAUCCACUUCUCACCAAGCAUUGAGGAAUUAGAUAACAUGGUGUACUAUGUGGGAAAGGAUAUGAUAACAUCACUAAGUCAGAUACCACGUCUGAUUGAAAAGUAUCCCAAAGAAGGAGUAUCAAAAUUGUGUAUAUCUGAAGAAGUUUCAACGAAUGAAGAAAUCAGGAAAAUCAAGAUCCUCAUUGCAACCGGAAUGAAGACAAACGCCAGCAAACUUUGGAAUUAUCGCCUGACCUGGGAGGAAGAAAAGGUUUUGUGGGAGAUUGACAAAGAGUCCUUCAUAUCUAGAUACAAAUUGUCACAGCCGUCUGUAUCAAAGUUUGAUGGAGAUAUCGGCAGAUACACGGAAAAGGCAAACAACAUCCAAAGCAAAGAGACAGUUAUGAACAUAGACUUUGUCGUCCUCAACUGUACUCCCCUGAAAGCUGCCAUCCAGGGCCAUUGUAUAGAAUGGCAGAAUAAACUAACAGGUCUUCUUUUGGAAUUGGCCACAACUGAACUCACAACUCUUGAUACCUACAUUAAAACGAACACUGAGCUUGUAUGCAAGACCCCUCAGACACUGGAUGAACUGAAGGAAAGCCUGAAACUGUGGGAGGUGCUGAAUGGUGAACAGGCUAAAAUUGAAGCCCGUUUUCAGCCCCUAAUGGAGCAGUUUGCAAUCCUCAACAAAUACGAAGUACCAAUUGCAGAAGAGUCGACCAUCAUGUUACAUGAACUGAAGGACCAAUGGAACACGUUUAAACAAACACUGGAGACAAGCGAUUUCUUCCUGAAAAAAUCCAAGGACCAAUUCAAAUCCAGUCUGAUGAAUCAGUCAGAAGGUUUCAAGAAACAAGUGACCCAUCUGUUAGAGGAAUUCCAACAGAAAGGACCAUUUUCUAGUGAAAUAGCCUGUGAUGUUGCUUUAGAAACUUUAGCUAAUUUCAGAGAAAAUAUCAACAUUUUGAAGAGCCAAGAGCAAGUUUUACGAGGUGGCCUGAACAUGUUCAAAGUUGAUCUUCCUCCAUCUAAAGAAAUUAUGCUGUUAGAAAAGGAACUGGAAUUAAUAGAGACAAUCUGGAUAAUCACCAGAGACUGGGAAAUGAACUGGAAUAUAUGGAAAGUGUCUAAGUUCACUGAAAUCCAAACUGAAGAAAUAGAAACUUUUUCUUUGAAUGUGUCACGGAAACUGAACAAGUUGAGUCGAGACUUAAAGGACAGGCACUGGUCUGUUCUGGAAGCCAGUAAAGUCAAAGUAGACACCUUUAAACGAACUAUGCCAUUAAUUCAAGAUCUGAAAAAUCCUGCAAUGCGUCCUCGUCAUUGGGAACAAAUAAGUGUUGAAAUUCAGCGCCACUUUGACUACACCUCAGAAGAUUUCACUUUGGAGAAAAUCAUUGAACUGGGUUUUGAUCAGUAUGCUGACUUCAUUAAUGGUGUUUCAAGUGCUGCCAAGAAAGAAUUGUUCAUUGAACAGAGUUUGAUUUCAAUCAAGAGCACUUGGGAAGUAACCGAUAUCGACAUGGCUCCCUUCAAGGCUUUAUAUAAGAUCAAGGGCACGGACGAGGUGUUUUCCUCACUCGAUGAUAAUCAAAUUCAGCUGUCCACUAUGAAGGCUUCUCGAUUCGUCAAGGCCUUUGAACAUGAAGUUGACUAUUGGGAACGGACAUUGUCACAUAUCUUAGAAGUUAUGGAACUGUUGCUGACAGUUCAGAGACAAUGGAUGUAUCUCGAGAAUAUAUUCCUUGGUGAGGAUAUCAGAAAACAAUUACCAAGAGAAUCAGAAGAUUUCGAUGACAUCAACAACAAGUGGAAGGCUAUUAUGAUACGAUUAAACAAGGAGAGGAAUGCCUUAAAGGCAACCCUCCAUCCUGGUUUGUACGAUCAGCUGAAUGCUAUGAAUAUGAAAUUGGAAGGCAUCCAGAAGUCCCUCGAUAUGUAUUUAGAAACGAAGCGACAGAUAUUCCCCCGUUUUUACUUCCUGUCCAAUGACGAUCUGUUGGAGAUCUUGGGCCAGGCGAGAAAUCCGGAGGCGGUCCAACCACAUCUUAAAAAGUGCUUUGACAAUAUUAAGUCUCUGACAAUUAAUCGUCCAAGUUCACAAAGAUAUGAAGCUGUUGCUAUGAAUUCUUGUGAAGGAGAAUGUGUCGAAUUCAAACCCCAAGGAACCGUAAUUGAAGGGCCAGUUGAGGCUUGGCUCACCGACAUAGAAAAAACAAUGAGGUAUACUUUAAAAGAAGUCUUAAUUACCACCCGGAAUGCCUUGAAGAAACAACUAAAUAAACGAGACAAAUGGAUUAGAGACUAUUGCGGACAAAUGACCAUAGUGGCCAGUCAGAUCCAGUGGACUGGCGAUGUGACGAAGGCUCUGCUGAAAGUCAAAGAACGUGGAGACAAAAAAGCUUUGAAAAUGCUCAAGAAGAAACAGGUAGUCAUGCUAAACAAGUAUGCAGAAUUAGCCAGGAAACCGGACAAGGGCUACCAACGGAUGAAGCUGGUCUCUCUGAUAACCAUUGAAGUCCACAGUCGAGACAUCAUUGAGAAACUCCUCAAGUCUGGCUGCAACGAUGCCAAUGCUUUUGAAUGGAUUAGUCAACUAAGACUCUACUGGGAUAAGGAACUGAAUGACUGUAUCGUUCGCCAAACCAACACACAAUUCCUCUAUGGCUAUGAAUACCUGGGCAACUCUGGCAGGCUUGUGAUCACCCCACUCACCGACCGCUGCUACAUGACAUUAACAACAGCCCUACAUCUUCACCGUGGAGGAAGCCCAAAGGGGCCAGCUGGCACCGGGAAAACAGAAACAACAAAAGACCUGGGCAAGGCCCUGGGAAAUUAUGUGAUCGUGGUGAACUGUUCCGAAGGUUUGGACUAUAAAUCAAUGGGCCGGAUGUUUUCUGGCCUUGCACAGACUGGUGCCUGGGGCUGUUUUGAUGAAUUCAACAGAAUCAACAUUGAAGUAUUGUCUGUGGUGGCCCAACAGAUUUUGUCCAUUUUGACGGCCCUUCAUUCUGGGGCCAUGCAGUUUCUCUUUGAAGGACGUGAGAUCAAUCUGGUGUGGUCUUGUGGUAUUUUUAUCACCAUGAAUCCAGGUUAUGCUGGCCGAACAGAGCUUCCAGACAAUUUGAAAUCGAUGUUUCGCCCGAUAGCAAUGGUCGUACCAGAUUCCAACAUGAUUGCUGAAAUCAUCCUCUUUGGUGAAGGAUUCAGUAACACAAAGCAUUUAGCCAAAAAGGUUUUCACAUUAUAUAACCUUGCAACACAGCAACUAUCAAAACAGGACCACUACGAUUUUGGUUUGAGAGCCCUUGUCUCCGUCCUUAGAUAUGCUGGGAAGAAGAAAAGGAAACCCCAAAGUAUGACCGAUGAAGAAAUUUUACUCUUGUCUUUGAAAGAUAUGAACAUUGCCAAAUUAACCUCAGUUGACCUCCCAUUGUUUAAUGGGAUCAUGUCUGACCUUUUCCCUGGUGUUGAACCUCCAAUCAUGGAAGACGAUAAGUUUAAAACCAACAUCAAAAGUGAACUUAUUGAAAACAAUCUUUUGUCGAAUACCCACACCGUUCUGAAAGUGAUCCAGCUGGGAGAGACCAAAGACUCUCGCCAUUCUACGAUGAUAGUCGGAAAGACUCAGUCUGGGAAAACAGUGACCUGGAAGAUUCUGCAAGCAGCCAAAAACAGGGACUCUCCCCAGCUGCAAGUAAAGGAGUAUCCACUGAACCCAAAAGCCCUGUCUCUUGGGGAACUCUAUGGAGAGUUUGACUUGAGUUCCAAUGAAUGGUCUGAUGGCGUGCUCUCUUCAAUCAUGAGGCAGACAUGUUCAGAUGAGAAGAAAGACGAAAAAUGGAUCAUAUUUGACGGUCCUGUGGAUACUUUAUGGAUUGAGAGUAUGAACUCUGUCAUGGAUGACAACAAGGUGUUGACCUUAAUUAAUGGUGAGAGGAUUGGCAUGCCAGAACAGGUUUCUCUGCUGUUUGAAGUUGAAGAUCUUGCCAUGGCCUCCCCAGCAACUGUGUCACGCUGUGGAAUGGUCUAUACUGACUACGAAGACCUAGGAUGGGAACCAUACGUCGAGUGUUGGAUAAACGGCAAAAAAAAUAAAGAAUUGGUUGAAGAAAUAAGACGCCUGAUUGGCAAAUAUUUGGUCAAAAUGUUAACGUUUAAGAAAGAUAAUUGCAAAGAACUCGUCCCAACCGCUGAACUGAAUGGAGUAGUUUCCCUAUGCAAAUUGUUUGAUUGUUUUGCCACAACAGAGAACGGGGUUGACUUUGGAAACGAUCCGGACAAUUUUUCAAAGAUCGUAGAGCUCUGGUUCCAGUUUUGCAUGAUAUGGUCAAUCUGUUGUUCUGUAGAUGAAGAUGGACGUAAAAAAAUUGAUACUUACAUCAGAGAGAUGGAAGGAACCUUCCCUACCAAAGACAGCAUUUAUGAAUAUUUUGUGGAUUCCAAAAAUAAGAGUUGGGUCCACUGGGAAGAGAAACUGAAGAAAGGAUGGCGCUAUAACCCAUCUGUGCCAUUUUACAAGCUGGUGGUGCCAACCGUUGAUACCGUCCGCUACCAAUAUCUGGUAUCGAAUCUGAUUUACUCCAUGAUACCAGUGUUGUUGGUGGGACCAGUCGGCACCGGUAAGACUUCGGUGGCAGGCAACACCCUAAGUCUCCUGGACACAAAGGUUUAUAACAUCCUCACUGUCUAUAUGUCUGCUCAGACAUCGUCCAAUAACAUCCAAGACAUCAUCGAGAGUCGAGUUGAGAAACGUACGAAAGGUGUGUACGUACCUGUGGGUGGCAAAAAACUCAUCACCUUCCUUGACGACUUCAACAUGCCAGCAAAAGACUUGUAUGGCUCUCAACCACCUCUGGAACUCAUUCGACUCUGGCUGGACUAUGCUUUCUGGUAUGACCGUAUUAAGCAAACGCCCAAACACAUCAAGGGCAUGUUACUAGUGGCAGCAAUGGGUCCUCCCGGAGGUGGAAGAAUGGUCAUUUCAAAACGACUUCAAAGUCGCUUCAAUCUCAUUAACAUGACCUUCCCAACGGAUUCUGAAGUUAUCCGCAUAUUUGGCUCAAUGAUUAACCAAAAGUUGCAAGACUUUGAAGAGGAAGUGAAGCCGAUCGGAGACGUAGUGACAAGAUCCACAGUCGAGAUUUAUACAGCUGUGGUAAAUAAAUUCCUGCCGACGCCAACCAAGAUUCAUUACCUGUUCAACUUGAGAGAUAUUUCCAGGGUAUUCCAAGGAAUGCUGCGGGCACACAAAGACUAUCAUGAUACUAAAGUGGCAAUUACUCGCUUAUGGAUCCAUGAAUGUUUUCGUGUUUUCUCAGACAGAUUGAUCAACACGAAAGACUAUGAGUCAUUUAUUGCUAUCAUUAGUGAAAAACUUGGAAAUCUAUUUGACCAAACCUUUCACAAUAUCUGCCCCAAUAAACAGCCCCCAAUCUUCGGUGACUACCUAAAUGCAGACCUGGUCUACGAAGACAUCCAGGACAUGUCAUCUUUAAAGAAACAAAUGCAAGAAUUGUUGUUUGAAUAUAACCACACGCCCGGCGUCGUACCUAUGGACCUGGUAUUGUUCCGAGACGCUAUUGAACACGUGUCAAAGAUUGUGAGGGUGAUUCGACAGCCUCGUGGAAAUAUGCUUCUGGUCGGCAUUGGAGGAAGUGGACGGCAGAGCCUCACUCGAUUGGCCAGCAGUAUUUGUGAAUACACUCUUUUCUCAAUUGAGGUCACGAAACAUUAUCGGAAAUCAGAAUUCAGAGAAGAUAUCAAAAGAUUGUAUGCAAUAGUUGGGGUCGAGGGAAAACCAACCGUUUUCUUAUUUAACGACACCCAAGUGGCAGAAGAGAGUUUUUUGGAAGACAUCAAUAACGUGUUGAGCAGCGGCGAAGUGCCAAACUUGUACAAGCCAGAAGAAUUUGAAGAGGUGAAGAAUGCUCUGUCAGAUUUAGCCAAAAAAGAAGGCUUAGAAGAUACCCCUCAGAGUAUUUUUGCUUUCCUCAUUGACCGAGUACGUACCAACCUCCAUGUGGUGAUGUGUAUGAGUCCUGUAGGAGAACCAUUCCGGAAUCGCAUUCGAAUGUACCCAGCUUUUGUCAAUUGUACAACGAUUGAUUGGUUUAGCCACUGGCCCCAAGAAGCCCUUUUGGAAGUUGCUGACAAAUACCUCGUUGAUAUGAAAACUGAAAAUGAAGAAGAGGAAAAACUGAAGCACAACAUUGCCAAGAUGUUCUCUCUGAUACAUAAAUCGGUCUUUGACUAUUCUGCUCGAAUGACAGCUGAGCUAAAGAGACACAACUACGUGACACCAACUAAUUACUUGGAGCUUGUUUCAGGUUAUAAACUGUUGUUGCUUGAAAAGAAGAAAGAACUCGGUGAUGCCGCCAGCAAACUUAAAAAUGGUCUCAGCAAAAUUGAUGAGACCCGAGAGAAGGUGCAGAAAAUGUCUGUGGAAUUGGAUGAGGACAAAAUAAAAGUGGCCCAGGUGCAGCAGCAAUGCGAUGAAUAUUUGUCAGUGCUGUUCCAGCAGAAGAAAGAAGCUGACGACCAGCAGAAGUUUGUUGGCCAGAAAAGUGAGAGAAUAUCUGAAGAAGAAAUUAAAUGCAAGCACAUGGCCGACCUUGCCCAACAGGACCUUAGUGAAGCUAUGCCUGCCCUUGAAGAGGCUAUGUUAGCUCUGGAGGCCCUAAACAAGAAGGAUAUUGGUGAGAUUAAAUCCUAUGGUCGGCCACCAGCUCUUGUGGAGAAAGUAAUGGAGGCUGUGAUGAUAUUGAAAGGAAGCGAACCAAACUGGGCGGAAGCAAAACGGCAACUCGGGGACCCCAACUUUAUCAAGUCUUUGGUAAACUUCGACAAAGAUAACAUCAGCGAUCGUGUGUUGAAUAAAAUCGGUAAAUACGUUGCCCAAGCAGACUUCACUCCUGAUAUUAUUGGUCGUGUGUCCGGUGCCGCAAAAUCAUUAUGCAUGUGGGUGAGGGCAAUGGAGAUGUAUGGUAGGAUAUAUCGAGUCGUGGAACCAAAGAAAAUGAAACUAAACGCAGCUUUGUCCCAACUGAAAGAGAAACAAGAUGCCCUCGCAGACGCCAAGGCCAAGUUGGCCGAGGUGGAAGCCAACAUGUUGGCACUGCGUAACCAAUAUGACGAAAGAAUUGCUCAGAAAGAGGAGCUGAGACUAAAAGCAGAACGUACCGAAAUGAUGUUGGACAGGGCCCAUAAACUGGUGUCAGGUUUGGCCGGAGAGAAAGUUAGGUGGGAAGAAACAGUAACAACUCUGGAAGAAUCUAUGGGUUUCCUCAUUGGUGACUGCCUCAUCGGUGCUGCUUUUCUCUCCUAUAUGGGGCCCUUCCUCUCUAACUACCGCGAUGAACUAGUUUACAAAAUAUGGCUGAAAGAGCUGAGAGGUUUAGGGAUCCCUUGUGACCCCUGUUUCAGUUUCUGCGCUUUCUUAGUCAGACCAACUCUUGUUAGACAAUGGAACAUCCAAGGCCUCCCAAGCGAUGCAUUUUCUACUGAGAAUGGAAUCAUUGUCACCAAGGGUAACCGCUGGCCAUUAAUGAUCGAUCCCCAAGGACAAGCCAUUAAAUGGAUCAAACGAAUGGAAUCGAAAAAUGGAUUAAAAAUAAUUGAUCUCCAACAAAGUGACUUUAUGCGCAAUUUAGAAAAGUCAAUUCAGUAUGGUUUACCUGUUCUCUUACAAAAUGUCCAAGAAUCUUUGGACCCAUCUCUUGAUCCUAUCCUCUUUAAAUCCGUCAUAAAAAUUGGUGACGUCCCGAUGAUAAAACUUGGUGAUAAAGAAAUUGAGUACAAUUACAAUUUUCGGUUUUACAUAACCACAAAACUCAGCAACCCACACUACACCCCUGAAAUAUCAACCAAGACAACUAUCGUAAAUUUUGCUGUGAAAGAACAGGGUUUGGUUGCUCAAUUAUUAGGAAUCGUAGUCCGUAAAGAAAGACCAGAACUGGAAGAACAGAAGGACUCUCUUGUACAGUCUAUUGCAGCGAAUAAGAAGAAACUCGAAGAAUGUGAAGAUGAAAUACUACGUUUGUUGAAUGAAACAAAAGGUUCCCUGUUGGAAGACGAGACUUUGGUAAACACACUGCAAACUUCCAAGUCGACAUCACAGGAAGUGACAGAACAGCUCGCAACAUCUGAACAGACAGAAGCCAAGAUUGAUUGCGCCAGGGAGGGUUAUUCUCCAUGUGCUGAACGUGCCUCAAUUUUGUUUUUUGUUCUCAACGACCUUGGGCUUAUCGAUCCUAUGUACCAAUUCUCUCUUGACUCCUACAUCGACCUCUUCAUGUUAUCAAUUGAAAAGAGCCAUCGGAGUACAAAGUUAGAAGAACGUAUUCAAAACCUCAACGACUACCAUACUUUUGCCAUGUACAGAUACGCCUGCCGAGGGUUGUUCGGGAAGCAUAAGCUUUUGUUUUCCUUCCAAAUGUGUGUGAAAAUUCUCGAAGCGGCAAGCAAGAUCAACAUGGAUGAAUACAAUUUCUUCUUGCGGGGAGGUGUGGUCAUAGACAGAGAAAACCAAAUGGACAACCCUUGCAGUGGGUGGCUCUCCGAUGCGGCAUGGGACAAUAUCACUGAACUUGACAAGCUGACCAACUUCCACGGUGUGAUUACAUCCUUUGAACAGUAUCCUAGAGACUGGCAUAUUUGGUACAUCUCGUCUGAACCAGAACAGGCCUCUCUACCAAGUGACUGGGACAAUGCCUGCAAUGAACUCCAAAGAAUGCUUAUAGUCAGGUCUCUCAGACCAGACCGAGUAGCUUUCUGCUCCACUACGUUCAUUAUUAACAACUUGGGCUCCAAGUUUGUUGAACCACCUGUCUUGGACAUGAACCAGGUGCUCAGCGAAUCAUCAAAACGGACUCCGUUAAUAUUUGUUCUCUCUCCAGGAGUAGAUCCUGCAAAUUACUUAAUUCAGUUGGCUGAAACGAAAGGAAUGGGCGCUCGGUUCCACGCAUUAUCCCUUGGUCAGGGCCAGGCACCAAUUGCUACAAGAAUGCUGCAAGAAGGUGUUCGGGAGGGCAACUGGGUUUUCCUGGCCAACUGUCAUUUGUCUCUGAGUUGGAUGCCCCAACUCGACAAAUUGAUCGAACAGUUACAAACAGAUGUUGUAACCAACACCGAAUUCCGUCUUUGGUUAAGCAGCAGCCCACAUCCUGAGUUUCCGAUUUCCAUCUUGCAGGCUGGCAUCAAAAUGACAACUGAACCUCCAAAGGGUUUAAAGGCAAACAUGAAGCGACUUUACAACCAGCUGGAAAAGAAGAAAUCCGAUUAUUGUACAAAACAAGAAAAAUACAAGAAGCUGCUGUUUGCUCUCUGUUACUUCCAUUCCGUUCUGUUAGAACGGCGGAAGUUCCUGAUGCUGGGAUGGAACAUUCCAUAUGAAUUCAAUGAUUCUGAUUUUGAGGUCUCAGAGAACUUGUUGAGUAUUUAUCUCCAAGAUUAUGAGGAAACCCCAUGGGACGCUCUUAAAUAUUUGAUUGCUGGCAUCAAUUAUGGUGGUCAUGUGACAGACGAUUAUGACCGACGUCUUCUUUUUACAUACAUCAAUGAUUAUUUUUGUGAUCAAGCGAUUACACAGCCAUUCUUCAAGCUGUCUUCAUUGAACACCUAUUACAUCCCUAAAGAUGGUCCCAUCUCCGCUUACAUAGAAUACGUAAGCAUGCUUCCCAAUAUGGACCACCCGGAGGCAUUUGGACAACACCCGAAUGCUGACAUUACGUCACAGAUUCAAGAGACGCGGCUGUUGUUUGAUGUGUUGCUCUCCCUCCAGCCUCAGGUGUCUUCUUCUGUUCGAGAAAGCAGAAAAGAAGACAAGGUUUUAGAUUUGGCUGCCAACAUUUACCAGCAAAUUCCUGAAGACAUUGAUUACGAAAGGACCAAAGUGAUUCUAUCAGUUGAUAUGUCACCCCUGGCUGUUGUCUUAUUGCAGGAAAUCCAACGUUACAAUGAACUGCUAGAACAAAUGAGGUUGUCUCUGAAGGCCCUCGAGAAAGGUAUCCAAGGUCUUGUUGUGAUGACCUUUGAACUAGAAAUGAUAUUCAACUGUAUUUUUGAUGGCCGUGUCCCUCCAAGUUGGGAAAAGGCUUACCCCAGCUUAAAACCACUCUCUGCAUGGACUCGGGACCUUGUGUUCCGUAUUGAGCAGCUAAACAAGUGGGCACAAACAGCACGUCCUCCAACUAUAUUUUGGCUGUCGGGGUUCACUUUCCCGACCGGGUUUUUAACUGCAGUCCUCCAGACAUCUGCCAGGCAAAACAAUAUUUCUGUUGAUUUGCUGUCGUGGGAUUUUACAGUUAUGACGGUCGGGGAUUCCAAUAUCACAGGACCUCCCAAGGACGGUGUUUAUGUGAAGGGGUUAUAUUUGCAAGGAGCCGGAUGGGACCAGAGAAAUGCCUGUCUCGUUGAAGCUUUGCCCAUUCAGUUAGUAUGUCCAAUGCCGUCGAUUCACUUUAAACCAGUAGAAAAUAAGAAAAAGAGCUUAAAAGGGAUCUACACGUGUCCUUGUUAUUAUUAUCCGAACCGUGCUGGCACCUCUGAUCGAACAUCCUUCAUCAUACCAAUUGAUCUGAAAGCUGGAGACAGUUCACCUGACCAUUGGACAAAAAGGGGCACAGCCCUCUUGAUGAGUCUGGAUUAUUAAGUGAGAUUAACGAGGAAUUUUAUUACAUAACUAAUUAUUUCUAAUCAGUUUAUACUUAUAAAGGAUCUAAUUAUUCUUAAUUAUGGAGUGGUUGUUGCUUAAGCCUCCCUCCUAAGUUGGCCCCUUAUCAAGCAGAUUUAUGCUGAGAAGCAUUCCAGGCCCUCCAGCCAUGACCAUCCCACUUUACUUUUCGGAUAAAGUGCACCCAGGAUUAUAUCCAAUGUGGAUUGACUGCUUUUUCUAGCAACCUUAACAACCAUGUCAAGGCUCACCUACUGGUUUCUAUCAUUCAUGGCUGACUGAGAUAGUUUU